AUGAAAACACUUCCGAAGUUCAAGCCGUUUGUCCAGGCUUGUACAGACUGCGGAGAAACACAGAACAUAGUCGAAGACUACAAAAACGGAUACCAUGUGUGUGGAAGAUGUGGAUGUAUUGUGGGAAACAGAAUCAUAGACGAGGGAAGCGAGUGGAGAUCAUUUGGAGAUAGCAAUAAGGUAGAUCCAUGCCGAAUCGGAAGUGCAAGUAACCCUUAUCUCGAAUCGGAACAGCUAGACACCAUUAUAAGCACAGGCGGAGGAAUGAAUUCCUAUAUGCUGUCGAAAAUCCAGAUGAAAAACAGCAUGAGAGGUCCAGAAAGAGCUCUAAAGCAUGGGAUGAAUCUUAUCACUGCAUUCUGUGAGAGGUCGAAUCUUUCAAGGACCAUCAUCGACAGAGCACAUUACAUCUUCAAGAACAUCGAGGAGAGAAAGCUUCUGAAGGGUAAAAACGUGGAAGGGAUUGUUGCAGCCUGCAUAUACAUAGCAUGCAGGCAAGAGGAGUGUCCCAGAACAUUCAAGGAGAUAAGUGUGAUGACUGCUGUACAGAAAAGAGAGAUAGGAAGAUGCUUCAAGUUGAUAUCUCCCCACUUGGAGAGGAUGGCAACAAUGUCUACAGAGAAUAUAAUAGCAAGAUUCUGCUCCGAUCUUAAUUUGAACAUCAAGAUCCAGAAGAUUGCUACAGAAAUAGCAAAGGCAGCACAUGAGCUGGGAUGUCUUGCAGGUAAAAGCCCUGAUUCCAUAGCAGCAGCAGUCAUAUACAUGGUAACAAAUCUAUUUCCCGAGGAAAAGAGAAUCCAGAAGGAUAUUCAGUUUGUAACCAAUGUCACGGAAGUUACAAUCAAGAAUACAUAUAAAGAAUUGCUGGCCUUCAAAUAUGACAUAAUCCCCGAAAACAUGGUCUGCAAGGAAAACAUAGACAAACUCCCUGGAUAUUGA